CCGAAGCCGACCAACAGCCCACCAGCAGCCCUACAGCUCAUCACAAAAAGACCUUCAAGAUGAACGCUUACCUAUUCGUUUCCAUGGCGUCUGCCAUUGUUGUCGCUACCAACGCGGCUGGAUAUGGAAUGAUGAACAACGGUUACGGGAUGAACAACGGUUAUGGAAUGAACAAUGGCUAUGGAAUGAACAAUGGCUAUGGAAUGAAUAAUGGCGGACGUUACAAGCGUGCUGCCUAUGGUAUGGGAGGAGGCAUGGGAGGAGGCAUGGGAGGAAUGGGCGGUAUGCCUGGUAUGGGAAUGGGCGGUAUGAUGGGCGGGGAAUGGGCGGUAUGA